AUGAAGAAAAAAUCACAAAAUUCUUUUAUUAAUUUUAAAAGACGGCGUUUUCAAGUAACAAUUCUUUUAAUGAUUGGAAUUUGUGCUAUCUCAUAUACAAGAACAAAUAUUGGUAUAACAAUGACAUGUAUGGUUAAUUCAACUGCAAUCACAUAUAUUGACAAUAAUAAUAUUCUUAAAAAAACAAUAAUAAAUACUAAUAUUCCAGAUAAAUGUAAAAAUACAAAUUACUUAAAUUCAACAAAAUCAUCAGUUACUGAUUAUGGUGGUACUUUUAUAUGGAAUCAACAAAUACAAAAUUUAAUAUUUUCUGGUACAUUUUGGGGAUCAUUAAUAACAGUUUUACCGGCUGGUUUUCUUGCUGAUAGAACAUCACCAAAAAAUUUAUUAUUUUAUGCUGCUAUAUCAUAUUCUAUUUGUAGUGCAACAUUUCCAUAUUUAGCGAAACAUUUUGGUUAUAUUCCUGUUAUAAUUUCACGUUUUAUUAUGGGACUUGGUGAAGGAUGCCUACCACCAGCAUUUAAUAGUAUUAUAGCUAAUUGGAUACCAACAUCUGAAAAAGCAAUAGCAUUAUCUAUUGUAACAACUGGUAUACAAAUAUCAGGAACAAUUGGUAAUCCAAUAUCAGCAUACCUUUGUGCAUCCCCAUUAAAAUGGGAUUCAGUAUUUUAUUUAUGUUCAAUAACAUUAUUAUUAUGGUCAUUAUUUUGGAGUAUAUUUGUUCAAAAUCGUUAUAAUAAAGCUAAAUGGUUAAGUGAAAAUGAAAAAGAAUAUCUUGAUAAUAAUAUGAAUAUACAAAAAAGUAAUAAAAUAAGAAAACAAUUUUCAAUACCAUGGAUAGAUAUGGUAACAUCAUUACCAUUUCUUUCUGUAAUGUCAUGUAAAAUUGUUGCAAAUAUAUUUACUGUUUUUAUUACAAUGUACCUACCAACAUUUUUUAAAGAAACAUUAUAUCUUAAUAUUAUUGAUAAUGGAUUUUAUAGUAGUUUACCAUUUGUUGCUCAAGGUUUUGUUAAAAUAUCAUGGAGUAUGUUUGUUGGUAAAUUACAAAAAGAUGGAAAACUUAAUUCAACACAAACUGUUAAAUUAAGUCAAUUUAUUAGUGGUAUUAUUGUAUUACUUGGUUUAUCAAUAUUACCUUUUGUAAUUGAUUGUACCAAACCAUAUCAAGCAUUACUUUUUGUUAUAUUAACAUCAUCAGGUUUUGGUAUUAGUGCUAGUGGAUUUUUAACUAGUCAUAUUAUUAUAGCUCCAGCAAUGAUUGGUGUUAUAACAGGAAUAUCAACAAUUGCUGCUAUCUUUGGAAGAAUCUCAACACCAUGGAUAAUAUAUUUUUUGAAAAUAACUGGUACACCAAAAGAUUGGAAUCUUAUUUCAUGGAUUAUUGGUUCUUUAUGGUUUUUAACAUCACUUUUUUUUACAAUAUUUGGAUCUGGUGAACCUCAAAAAUGGGGUAAUUUUGAGGAUACCAAUAAUAAUGAUAAUUAUGUUACUGUUGCUUUAAAUGAAAUUGAAGAAGAAGAAGGUGAUGGAAUAAGUUAUAAGGAGAGAGAGAGAGAGAUACAAACAAAAAAAAAUUUCAUAGAAAAUUUAAACUUUAAAAUUGAUUUUAAAAAAAAAUAUAAUGAAAUUGAGAGAUGGAAGGAAAAUUAUGGACCUGUUUUGAAAGAAAUUUGA